GCUGGAUGCAGUCAGUCUGGGUUGAGUCCCGUGCGCUUGAGCUUGAACCGCGGACUUGUCUCCAACAAUUUGAAAAGAAGGAAAGUCAGUCAUUUGGAGAGAGAAAAAAAACUGCGCUUUGGGAAUUGCGUUUUUUUCACGAAUAGAAGAGAAACGAAGAGAAAAGUUACCAGUGAUAACUUUGGGCUUCAGAAAGUCAAGAAGUCCCACUCUUGAGAGAGAGGGAGAGAGAGAGCGCGAGUGAGACCACCGGAAUAUGAUUUGAAUCAAAAGAAUUUCCUGCACUGCUGCUCACUAACAGGAUGAAUCUGUGUGUGCUUCAUGCAAUCACGUUGCUGUGGGCCUUGUGCCCCAGUGUGCAGGGCCAGUGCGAUAAAUCAUCCGAGGCGACCAAACUCAACCUUUCUGUCACCUAUGAUCUCCCAACAUUCACUGCGGACUUCCCAAUCCAGAACAUGGUGACGCUGGAUGGGGUCGUCUACGUUGGCGCUGUGAACAGAAUCUACCAGAUGGCCCCAAACCUCACCAAGCUCUCAGAAUACCACACAGGACCACUGCUUGCCAACGAGACCUGUGGCCAGAAUCUGGCAAGAAUGGACAGCAGUGGCAGGGUGGACAACCACAACAUCGCCUUGGUGGUGGAGAAUAUUUACGACAAAGGGUUGUACAGUUGUGGCUCAGCAGAUAAUGGUGUUUGCCGUCGUCACGUCCUGGAUGAUGACAUCAGUCCAAAAACCGUAGAUGAAGAGGUCUACUGCUUUGCCGACAAGGUGAGACUAGGCAAGGGACAACCUAGCGACACAGAUGUUGUUGUCAGCCUUUCAGGCUCUCAAGUACUCAACGUGGAGAGCAACGUCAUCAAGUUUUUUGUUGGGAAUUCAGAAAUACCAGGCGCAAUAAGCUCACCGGGCAAUGCAACACAUCGCCACACAAUGUCUAUACGGAAGAUGAAGACAAGCCAAAAUGGCUUCACGUUCUUCUCCACCCUCUCAUACAUGGAUCUCAUUCCAUCGCUACGUGGAAACUAUUACUUGCGCUACGUUUACUCCUUCCACAGUGGACCCUUCACCUACUUCCUGACUGUGCAGCGGGUGGCAAGGGACUCACAGGCCUACCACACCCGUAUAGUCCGCAUGUGCUCCACAGAUCUUGUGAUUCGCCGCUAUGUGGAAAUGCCUCUUGAAUGCAUCAGCACUGACAAGAGACGCCGUCGCACAGCAGAAGACGUGAAGGUGUUUAACAUCCUGCAGGCCGCCUAUGUCACCAAGGUGGGAAAUGACGUGGAGCUGCAGAAGCAGCUAAAGGUGGAAGAAGGUGAUGACGUGCUGUUUGCCGCCUUUGCCCGGGGGAAGCCAAACUCCCCGGAGCCGACUGCGAACUCUGCCGUCUGUGUCAUAUCCCUGAAGCACAUCAACACAAUGUUCAAGAUGUACAUGGAGCGGUGCAACACAGUGGACCCGUAUCACUUCACUGGAUCAGACAAGAAGUCCUGCUACAAUGUGACUACAUCAGAUGACUGUGACCCCCACGAAGGAAUCCAUGAAGGCAAAGAGGGCAAAUACCGUCUGCAGGUGACCCAGUUUGUUCAGAGGCUGGAGUACUGGCACAAAGACUUGACAAACACCUUGGUCACUUCAAUCACCGUGGUGCUAGUCCACGGCCGCGCUGUUGCAUACCUUGGAACUGCAGAUGGACGUCACAUACAGGUAAAAGUCACGGUGUUGUUGUCGCGACUUGCCUCUCCUCACGUCAACAUUAGCCUGGAUUCAAGGCCCGUCUCCGCCAGUGUAGUGCUGUUGGAUGCUGACCAAUCAGAUGGAGCCCUGCUAGUGGCCACAGGAAACAAGAUCACUAAGAUCCCUCUGAUUGGCCCUGGCUGUGGUCAGCUGACCACCUGUACGUCCUGUUUGCUGUCAUCAAGAGUGACAGAAUGUGGCUGGUGUGAUGGACGCUGCACCAGAGAGAAACAGUGCCCCUCCUCCUCCGUCUGGACCCAGGACUACUGCACUCCCGUCAUCACUAAGGUUUUUCCAUCCUCUGGACCAAUACGAGGAUCUACAGCAGUGACAAUUUGCGGACACAACUUUGGCUUCGACAAGACUGAGAGCUUCAGGACCUCGCUGGUAACUGUGGAGGUAGCGGGAGCUUCCUGCAAACUGCCCAGACAAGACAGCAUCAACAGGUGGACUGAGAUGCAGUGUUCCCCCGUGUUCAGUGGGAACUUCACCCCGUCAGGAAACACGGUGAAGGUCAUCAGUGGCCACAGGGUGGCCAAGAUGGAGGGUUUCACUUUUGUGGACCCUGUGAUACACGAAAUCUUCCCAACUUUUGGCCCCAAGUCCGGAAACACCAUGCUGACCAUAAGAGGAGUCUUCCUGGAUGCUGGAAACAAGCAAGAGGUGACAGUAGGAAAGGCCGGCUGUAAGAUAGUGAGCUUGUCGGACACCAUGCUGACCUGCAAGACGCCUCCGCACACUGUUCCCUCUGAGCAGCCCGUGAAGCUGACGGUGGAUUCGGUGGAGCGUCACGCCCCUGUGCUGUUCACCUACAACCAGGACCCCAUCAUCAACAGCAUCCAGCCUUCACGUUCCUUUGUGAGCGGAGGCUGUACAGUGUCAGCUCAUGGCUUCUUCCUCCAGUCUGGCCUCCAACCUCAAAUGGUUCUCACCACUGGUCAGGAUGCUGAGGUCUUCCAUGUGAGCUGUGUGUAUGGUGAAAACAGGACCUCCAUCCAGUGCACCACACCCUCUCUGGCCAAACUGCCCCUGCAGCCGCCGGUGGUCACCAAGGUGGCAUUUGGCCUGGACGGCUACUUAACAGAACCGUGGGACCUCAUCUACGUGGAGGACCCUCACUUCCAGGACCCUAAGCUUACCUCCAAGGACAAUAAGAGCAUUGUGGAGCUCAAGGGUGACCGGAUGGACAGGGAGGCGAUGAAGUGUCAGGUGCUAACUGUGUCCAACCACAGCUGCGAGAGUCUGAUCCUGGUAGGAAACACUCUGGAGUGCACCGUUCCCACCGAGCUGCAGGCCGCCACCUCCAAAGAGCUGCAGGUGGAGUGGCGCCAAGCGGACUCCAUCAGGCAUCUGGGCAAGGUGACACUGGCGCGGGAGCAGGACUACACAGGCCUGAUCGUGGGUUGUGUGUGCGUCAGCCUGCUGCUGUUGCUGCUGGGAACACUGCUGAUGUGGAGGAGGAACAAACACAUCGAUGAUCUGUCUGAGGUGUGGUAUGAUGGCCGGGGUCACAUCCAGCAUCUGGACAGGCUGGCUAACGCAAGGAGCGUCAGCCCCACUAACGAAAUGGUCUCCCACGAGUCAGUCGACUAUAGAACAACCCUGCUGGAGGAUCAGGGUACGGACAGACCCGAGACGUGCCGGGCAGCUCCCCCCGUCUAUGGGAGCAAUGGGGAGCUGCUUUCCCCCAGACUGGCGGCACUGUCAGGUGGGAUGGUUCUGGGGAUGGAAGGCGAGUUGAUGUCACCUCUACUGAUGGCCCCAGUCCACAUCGACCCAUCCUGUCUCCACCCAGACCUGCUAACGGAGGUGCAGCACGUGGUGAUCGCCAGGGAGCAGCUGAUACUCCACCUGAACCAGGUCAUCGGCAGAGGCCACUUUGGCUGUGUUUUCCAUGGAACACUGCUUGAGCCAGACGGGCAGAAGCAGCACUGUGCCGUCAAAUCCCUGAACCGAAUCACAGACUUGGAAGAGGUGUCCCAGUUCUUGAAGGAGGGAAUCAUCAUGAAGGACUUCAGCCAUCCUAAUGUUCUUUCUCUACUGGGUAUCUGCCUUCCACCAGAAGGGUCACCACUGGUGGUCCUGCCCUACAUGAAGCACGGUGACCUGCGCAACUUCAUCCGUGAUGAGGGACAUAACCCAACAGUCAAGGACCUGAUGGGGUUCGGGCUACAGGUGGCCAGAGGCAUGGAGUAUCUGGCCAGUAAGAAGUUUGUCCACCGAGACCUGGCUGCCAGGAACUGCAUGCUGGAUGAGAGCUACACAGUGAAGGUGGCGGACUUUGGCCUGGCUAGAGACAUUUAUGACAAAGAAUAUUACAGCGUCCACAACAAGAGCGGCGUCAAGCUGCCCGUCAAAUGGAUGGCUCUGGAGAGUCUGCAGACGCACAAGUUUACCACUAAGUCAGACGUGUGGUCGUUUGGUGUGUUGCUGUGGGAGCUGAUGACCCGUGGAGCACCACCAUAUUCUGACGUGAAUUCCUUCGACAUCACGGUGUUCCUCCUGCAGGGGAGGAGGCUGCUGCAGCCAGAGUUCUGCCCUGACGCCCUCUACACGGUGAUGAUCGAGUGCUGGCAUCCAAAGCCGGAGCGGCGGCCCUCGUUCUCCGAGCUGGUGUCGCGCAUCUCCGCCAUCUUCUCAAGCUUCAGCGGGGAGCACUACGUCCUGCUCAACACCACGUACGUCAACAUCGACAAGCUGAGCCCCUACCCCUCCCUCCUCGGCUCCACCGCCUCUUCCUCGUCCUCUUCCGAGCCCUCUACCUCCACGUCCCUGCCAUCCCAGUCCACGCUCUUUUCCCACAUGGAGCGUGAGUGCUGCACCUGAGAGCAGAAAAAAGAAGAAGAAGAAGAAGAAGAAGGAGGGGGAAGGGACUCGGAACGAGAGUAAGGAAGAAAAACGUGAGGUGAUGAAGACUGUUUGAGAACUACUGUAUAGCGGUUAAAACACUGGACACUACAUGCUGAGGAAAAACACAGACUGAUCCGGAGCUUGGACUGUUCUCUCAGUGUACAUAGAUUGUGGACGUUUGACCUUCUCAAGCAUCGCCAAACAACAGCGGCCUCCAUGAACUGUAGGGCUGACCUUAUCGACUUCCACCAACCUUUUCAUUGACCUUGGGGAGCGCGAGGUCAGACUUUGUUUGUCUUUUACAAGACAAUUACAAGGCACAGGAACGCCUCCUCCUCCGCCAUCACAUGGGCGCAUCUCAUUGACCGCUGCCCACACACACGGAGAGGAUAGACUUCCACCCUUCCCUUGGUGGCAUGUGCUUCAGUAUGUUGAUGUGUCUUGGACCUUCAUGCUGUCUGUAAUGUGAAUGUGUGACAAAUGGCCAUGUAUUCAUGUUGUAUAAAAAAAAAUCACACCUCAGCAAAACCAUAAACAACAUAUGAUCCUGAGAGGCUAUGAUAGAUUUUGUUGCCUCAGGUGAGUAAAUUGAGGCGCGAUUGGGGUUGAUGUCAGCAGGUGGGUGUGAAAAGCACGAUGUGUAAAGAACCUGCUGUCUGUGUGCAGAUCACUGGAUGCUUUAUUUCUAUCAUAAUCUUUGGACAAUUAGCUUUUGAAGUGCUUGGAAAAAUAUGCCUCACUGUCAGACCGGGACUCGCCAGAGUAGGAUCCUCAGAUUCUUCUGGUAAAAAGAGUUAAAAGCGCCUCUCAUACAACUCUAUGCUAAAAAAACUCACAGUUCUAGGGAUUGUUUUUUCUUGGUAAAUGAGCUGUAUGUCGGAUCUAGCCUGGAAGCCAGAUGAACUUCCCUGCCCUGUGCUAUAAAGCUGGCCUGGAGUUGAUCCGUUGGGAACUAAUAUUGCUCCAGCAAAGAUCUGCCAGGUCCAUCAAUUCGGGUGGGCUAUGUGGUGAUGGACAGAAGAGUAACAGAGAUGUAGUCACACACGUCAUCUGAGGUAUUUUGUUUCUCUGAUUCCGUUGAAACACACCCCUAAUGAAAUCCAAAUGGAGUGUUACCAGACUCAUAUCCUGGUAAGAAUUUAUCUUGCUAUGUGAGGCUAUGAUGGACCUGCAUCUGUUUUGUGAAACUUACAGUUGACUGACAUGCUGUACCAGAUAAAAUGGAAGUAUGUGAGUGCUUUCGAGGGUUUUCAACUCACAGUUCUUUCAGUCUUGAGUUAAAGUUUUCCUUCAAAAGGCUCAUCUGUUUUCUGAGCAGGAUUAUGCUGUCGUGUGACCAUCAGUGAUGACAGCUGUAUAUCACUGUACCUUCAUGGCGAAGGUGCAGUUACGAUGAAGAAAUAUUUUAUUUGUUGAAAGAUCAAACCUGUGUGGUGGCAAUUUUAUCUCUAUAUACUGACACAGUUUUAGAUUUUCUACAUCCGCUGGUCACCCUUGGCUUUCAUUCAUUUCAGCACAAUAUAAAAUCAUUUUAUACUAUAAUCUUCUUGAAAAUUGAGUCGUGUAAUGAAUCACAAUAAAUAAGUAGCUUCAGAAUAAGUUUUGUUAUGUUUUAAUUUUUGUCCAACAACUGAAAUAAUUAAUAUUAAUCGUUCACAGAGUUAGGAUUUACUUUUGGAGCAUGUUGGUUUUGAUAGUGAUGUCAUGUUUUUAUAGAAUCAUCUUCAAUUUGUUGAUGGACUCAAUAUCUGAUUUUCAUACUGUGCUGAAGGGAGGAAAUCAAAGGCUACCUGGAAACAUGACUAGCAAAACAAUCUAAUUUACAAAGUAGUUGAAGUAACCUCCAUUUGCCAUAAAUGGAAUAAACAUUUGCAAACCAUGUGACCAUCGCCCCUUUUAUCAUUAUUUUGCCUUUAGUUGUUGUUGUUUUGUUGUUGUUUUUUUUCUGAAUGGCACCGAUGUGAUUGGGCCAUUGAUGGACAGGUAUGAAUGUUUGCUAUGACAAGAAAAUUGCUGUACUUUAUUUUUGUAUUGAUGAUGAGCCUCUUUUUAAGAUGUGGGCCAAUGGGGAAGCCAGUGGUGAGUGAACUGCGCUGCAACAAUAGACAAAGCCACUCAAUCAACCUGUUGCUCUCAAGACAAACCACUGCCAUUUUGUAAAUAGGAGAAUGGAUCAUAAGGAUCUUUGUUGGUCUGUGUGGAUGCUCACUUAGCUUCUGAUCAUUACUGCUAGGUCAUUGUGAAAACAGUAAAGAAUGUUGAACAAACUGGAGCCACCUCACCAAAACUCAAAGACUGCUGACCAUGUGAUUCUCCAACACAUUGUCUGAGCUUAACACUGUCUGUUCUAUGUUUGAUGUCUGUAAAAAAUCCAAAUCCUGAAGGUACAUGUUCUUACGUAUUGUCAAAUGGACUUUGUCAGUGUAAUAAAGCUAUACUAUCAGAGUUAA